AUGGGGGAUAAUACUACCAACGACAGAGUGAAAGUGUUAAAUGAAACCAGUGAUAUUGUUGACGUGCACGAAAAGAAAAAGCGGAAAAAUGUCAAAAGGACAAAAUCUGUGCCAUCUACAAAGGAACAAGGAGAUGAUUACUUACGACAAGUUUCAAGCUACAGCUAUCAUCAUGGUGACCAACCCGUUCGCCAUGUAGAGCUUCCUCUCGAAACCAUGGGAAGUCGCGAGAAACUCAUUCAGAUACAUGAUGAGUUGCGGAGUAGUCAUCCUUCGGAAAUAAACAAAGAUGAAAAAGAUAUUCGGAAAUUAGCCUUACAUCUCGCAAUAAGCAAAUCAUCUGAGGGAAAAAAUAACAAGUUUAUGCACUACGAUUAUAUUUUAGUUCAUAAAACAGGUGACACAAGGAACCUUCAAGAGAAAUUGAGAAAGAAAUACGAGUCUGAACUGCAUGCUCAAGGGUUCAGAGUGGAGAGAAAAUAUACCGCAGAGAAAACAUUUGUUAUUUUACAUUGUUCGUUUGAGAGACUUUGUGAAGAGGCAGAAAAAGUGUCAUUGGAAAUGCCUUUAGCUGGGGUAAGACUGCAUGAAUCUGUACCAUUUAUGCUUGAAGUAUGAAUGUUACCUUUGGAAAACAAAUGGCCAUAGGUAUACCAGAGGAAUACUGAGAUGAUUAACAAAUAUCUUAGUCAUCUUUGAGGUUUAGGAUAUCUCAGAAAAUUAAGACCUCCUGACCUUGAAAACUUUGACCUUGAAAUCUAAGACUUUGAAAAACUAUAAUCUGAAAACCAAGACCUCUUGAAAAUGGAACUUGAAAACUAACACCUGACUAUACCUUUGCUAAAAAAGAUGCGUUUUCAUGCAGUUUUGAAUGACAGGGACUAAGUUUUCGUGGUCUCAGUUCAGUUUCGAGGUCGUUUGAUUGAGUUGGAGUGGUGAGGUUGGGUGUUAGACAAAACUUGAAGUCUUUAUUUCAUUCCAGUGGGUCUUUCUUAGCACCUUUCAGGGGCACCCAACAUCAAUUUUCAGAAAAUAUCUGUUCGGAAGACGAUUUGAGAUCUAGAAUUUUCGGAACAUUUGUUGUAAAAUUUCCUGCUUGCCUUCCUCUCCUAGGAUUUUCAAUCAUCUGAAAAAUGUUAUAAUUGCCAAUUUUUAAUGGAUUUUUACCCUAAAGAGGUCACCUAAAAUUUUCAGGAGCCUUUUCUUUGGCUGAAAUUUUCCAAAAAGGUAAGUCUUGAUCCCUAUGAUUUUCGGAUCACUAGACUUUAACCUAGGAAAUCCGAACAGAUGAAGAAAUUUUAGGGGAUAAAAAUAUGCCUAUAUACGUUUAACAGUGCUAUGUUUAAGUGGUUUUGAACUAUAUUCUUGUUGGGUGUCCCUGACCUUUGGUUUCAAGAUAGAGGUCCUUGUUUUUGAGCUCUUAUUAGGUCUUAGGUCUUAGUUUUUAAGACAUCCCUGAGGUUUAAGCUGUCUAGUGUCAAGAGGACACACACUAUGGUAGAUCUAGGAUUGAUUUUAAGGGGGUUCAAAACAACCAACCACUGAAAGGCAGAGUAGUUAAAUUGGGUGCACACUUAGCUGAUAAAUUUGGAAUGUGAGUCCUUAGAAAUCCAUUUUACAUUAUUCUGAAAUAGGGGUAGAAUCUUCACAUUAGUUAUCAAGUGACUAAUGGAGUAAAUAUGUAAUGGAAAAAACUGUUGGGAAGGGGGAGAGGCUUUAUUUGGGAGGUUGUCAGGUACAUUUAAUAGUUUGUGUGGUUAAGUUAACAGUAGCUAUAUAGUCGCUGUGAUAGGUAAUGAACAGUUAGCAACAAAGGGGUGGCCUUGAUAGCAAGGGUACUAGGGAUCUGCCAUAUUAAGAUCUGAGAUAGAAACUAAUAAAAAGUGGGAAAAAAGACAUCACUGUCCUUGUAGUAAUAAUUAAAUUUCAACUCUGUUUACCGUAGAGCCUCCAGUGGCUCAGUGGUUGGAGCGUCCAAACUAGAACUUGAAGGGUCAUGAGUUCAAUAUUCUCACCUGGAGCUCAGAAUUUUUUCUGAGCUUUCUGGUAUAAGAAUUCUCCUUUUUCCAAAUAGUAUAAUAAUAAUUGCAGUUGUAUACAUGUAUUUCUUUAUUUUCAGUAUGUUGUGCCAGAUACAUCAAAAAAUAGCUUGUGGAAACAAUUUUGGGAUCAUUUUAGAACUGAUGAUGAAGGUAACAAAGUACUGAUCACAGUGUUGCUCAUAAUAAUAUAAUCAGGUGUGGGUCUGAGUAGUAUUAUAUUAUUUUACAAGGUACUGAUCACAGUGUUGCUCAUAAUAAUAUAAUCAGGUGUGGGUCUGAGUAGUAUUAUAUUAUUGUACAAAGUACUGAUGACGCUCAUAAUAAUAUAAUCAGGUGUGGGUCUGAGUAGUAUUAUAUUAUUGUACAAAGUACUGAUCACGCUCCUAAUAAUAUAAUCAGGUGUGGGUCUGAGUAGUAUUAUAUUAUUGUACAAAGUACUGAUCACAGUGUUGCUCAUA